UGUGGAUGAGUGGAACAUUGGCCGCUUGAACACCAUCCUGGACGUGGUAGAGAAAGAAAGUGGCAUCACCAUCGAGGGCGUCAACACCCCCUACCUCUACUUUGGCAUGUGGAAGACCUCCUUCGCCUGGCACACGGAGGACAUGGACCUGUACAGCAUCAACUACCUGCACUUUGGCGAGCCCAAGUCCUGGUACUCCAUUCCCCCAGAGCAUGGCAAACGUCUGGAGCGGCUGGCCAAAGGUUUCUUCCCAGGCAGUGCUCAAAGCUGUGAGGCUUUUCUCCGCCAUAAAAUGACCUUGAUAUCCCCUUCAAUCCUGAAGAAAUAUGGCAUCCCCUUUGAUAAGGUGACUCAGGAGGCCGGAGAGUUUAUGAUCACCUUUCCUUAUGGCUACCAUGCCGGCUUCAACCAUGGAUUCAAUUGUGCCGAGUCGACCAACUUUGCCACCCUUCGUUGGAUCGAGUACGGCAAGCAGUCUGUUCUGUGCUCUUGCCGGAAGGAUAUGGUGAAGAUCUCCAUGGAUGUGUUUGUGCGCAAGUUCCAGCCUGAGCGGUACAAGCUGUGGAAGGCGGGCAAAGAUACCCCUGUCAUUGACCACACUCUGCCCACCCCGGAAGCAGCCGAGUUCCACAAGGGCGAGCCGCAGGCCUGCCCGGAGGAAGCCCUGGACAGCCAUGGGGACCCCGUCAGUGAGGAUGACAGGAGGAGCCCCACCAAGCAUCGGAUCGGAGCCAAGAGGCACCGGGUGUGUCUUGAGGUGCCUCAGGAGGUGAGUGAGAGCGAGGCUUUUGCCCAGAGAGAACCCUAUGAGCUGGAUGGGGAGCAGGCGGCCAUUGCUCCUGGGAAGCCUGGCCCAGACACGGCGUCACCGCUGCGAGCUGAGAACGGCGCCCUCCUUUCGCCAGAUUGUCCAGACUCUGCUGAAGGCAGAUUAGAAGGUGAAGAGGAGGAGGAGGCAGCAGCUUUGGACCUCUCUCUGUCUCGGACUGCGAACCAGGCCUCCAAAAAGAGCCGAGCUCGCAGUGCUGAGAGCCGGGCUCCCCGGGCUCGCCGAGCGCUGGCUGCUCAUAGCUGUGCCCAGGAUGAUGAUUCGGAACAAGAACUCUCUGAGGACGAAGAGGAAGAGAGUGAAAAGGCAAAGGGCCGUCGGCAGCCCUUGAGCAAACUUCCUCGGCAUCACCCGCUUGUGGCCCAAGAGUGUGGCAGUGAUGAUGAGGCUGCUGAGCAGCUGACCCCCGAAGAGGAGGCUGAAGAGACGGAAGCUUGGGCCAAGCCCUUGAGUCAGCUCUGGCAGAACCGACCCCUGAACUUCGAGGCUGAAAGGGCAUACAAUGAGAACAUGGCUCAGCAGCCCCCACACUGUGCAGUCUGUAUGAUUUUCCAAACCUACCAACAGGCUGAAGGGGGAGGUCACAACCAGAGCUCAACAGAUGGACCCGCUGCAGACCCUGGGAGACGUAGGACCAGGCCUCUGAUUCCUGAGAUGUGCUUCACUGCCACGGGGAGCAGCACCGACCUCAGCCUUUCUACACCCUACUUGGAGGAAGAUGGCACCAGCAUCCUGGUCACCUGCAAGAAGUGUUGUGUCUGUGUCCACGCUAGCUGCUAUGGAGUCUCCCCCAAGCAGGCCUCAGAUGACUGGAUGUGCUCUCGGUGUGCGGCCAGUGCCUUGGAGGAGGGCUGCUGCUGCCUGUGCUCAUUGCGAGGAGGGGCCCUGCAGAGAGCGAAUGACGAUCGGUGGGUUCACGUGAUGUGCGCCAUCGCAGUCCUGGAAGCCAAGUUUGUCCACAUUGCUGAGCGCAGCCCUGUGGACCUGAGCAAGAUCCCUCUUCUCCGCUUCAAGCUGAAAUGCAUCUUCUGUAAGAAGCGAAGGAAGAGGGUGGCCGGCUGCUGUGUCCAGUGCUCCCACGGCCGCUGCCCAACUUCCUUCCACGUGAGCUGUGCCCAGGCCGCCGGGGUGAUGAUGCAGCCGGACGACUGGCCCUUUGUGGUCUUCAUCACCUGCUUUCGGCACAAGGUUCCUUCUCAGGCAGAGCGCUCCAAGGGUGCCCUCCAGGACCUUUCUGAAGGCCAGACGGUCAUAAGCAAGCACAAGAAUGGCCGAUUCUAUCAGUGCGAGGUGGUGCAGCUCACCACAGAGACCUUCUACGAAGUCAACUUCGAUGAUGGCUCCUUCAGCGACAAUCUGUACCCUGAGGACAUUGUGAGUCGUGACUGUCUCCAGUUGGGUCCUCCUGCUGGAGGGGAAGUGGUCCAAGUGCGAUGGACAGAUGGACAGGUCUAUGGAGCUACAUUUGUAGCCUCCCAUCCCAUCCAGAUGUACCAGGUGGAGUUUGAAGAUGGCUCCCAACUCAUGGUGAAGAGAGAUGACGUUUACACGUUGGAUGAAGAGCUCCCCAAGAGAGUCAAGUCCCGCCUGUCGGUGGCCUCAGACAUGCGCUUCACAGAGAUCUUCACAGAGAAGGAUGUCAGACAGGAAAAGAAACGGCAGCGAGUGAUCAACUCUCGGUACCGAGAAGACUAUAUUGAGCCUGCGCUCUACCGGGCCAUCAUGGAGUAAGGGAGCGGUGCCGUAUGGACCCAGCUUGUGAAGCGGGAGCACUCCAGGGUCCGGAGCCCCCAGACAUCCAUGGGACUCAGUAGGAUUUUGAAAACUGAUGUUGUAAAAACCAAAUGAACUAGUUCUUCCUCCCGUGCCCCCAUCCCUCCCCUGAUCCUUCUGCCACACAUUGCUGUGGAGAAGGGAGGCUGAGACCUGAGCCUGGGGGCCCUGGACAAGUGGUAGGCCUGUGGCUAGCGGGGGCCCCCAAAAGGCCGGGCCCUGCUUGUGGGGACUGGGAGGUGGUGCUCUCUGCACCCCUGCCCCUGUUGGGUGUAUGCAAGCAUGCCUUGGGGCAGGGGAGCGCUCUGGCCCUUGGCUGGCCGUCGGAACAGAUGGACGGGGUGAGGAACAGGCAGUAUUACUGGUGCUUGCCCCCCUUUCUCCUUUUUAUAUUUAUACGUGUGUAUGUCUGGCCUCCACCAGUUUCCGUUGGCUUCCUGGUGCUUCUCUGGCCGCAGCCCCCUCUGCUGGGGGGAGGCCAGAAGGAUUUACCUGAAGAAACUGAAUGUGAAGAGCUACGCCCCUGCUUUGCCAAGUAGGGGCCAUGCUGGGCACUGGGAGCUCCUUCCCUCAGUUGGGCUCAGGCCCUGGAAGCACCAAGUAGGGGCCCAGCCCCUGAGGAAGCCCCUUACUGGCCUCUGGCUGGUGGAGUCUCAAGAUUCCUACCCUUCCCAGGCCCUGCUCUGAGGCAGGGGAUUGGUUGGGGCCCAGCUUCUUGGCACGCUGGAUGGCGCAGUGAG